AUGGCGAAAGCUUAUGACAAGAUGGAGUGGCCUUUUGUGCAGCAGAUGUUGAUUCGCCUGGGGUUUGAUGAAAGAUGGGUUCAGCUGGUAAUGUUAUGUGUGCAGUCCGUGCGGUACAGGGUGCUAGUAAAUGGGAAGCCAUCUGAGGAAAUAGUGCCCACGAGGGGGCUCAGACAGGGAGAUCCAUUGUCUCCUUAUUUGUUUAUAAUAUGUGCUGAGGACUUAUCAUUUUUGUUGCAGGACUCUCAGACAAAAGGGCUUUUGCAUGGUUGUAGAGUGGCUAAGGGGGCACCUUCUAUUUCGCAUUUAUUUUUUGCAGAUGAUAGUCUGCUGUUCUUUAAAGCUAAUCUACAGGAAGCACUGGAGGUGAAGAAGUGCCUGGGAGUAUAUGAGGCCUAUUCUGGGCAGGCGGUUAAUUUUCAGAAGUCAAGCAUAACGUUUAGUCGUAACACACAGGUGGAGAUGAGUGAUCUGGUUGCGAAUACAUUGGGGCUGGGCCAAGCUGAUGAUUUUGGCAAAUAUCUGGGAUUGCCUUCUGUGGUAGGUCGCAAUAGAAGUGCAGUUUUCGCAUAUGUAGGGCAGAAAUUGAGGCAAAGGUUUGGCUCGUGGAACAAGAGACUGUUAUCCAAAGCAGGGAAGGAGGUGCUUUUAAAGAGUGUAACCCAGGCAAUGCCUACCUACACUAUGAGCAUUUAUUUGCUACCUUUAUCUUUGUGCAAUGCUUUGGAGAAGUUAAUGAACAGGUAUUGGUGGGGCCAAAGAGGCUCACAGGGCAGUAUUCACUGGAUGUCCUGGGAUCGUAUGUGUGUGCCUAAGAGGUUUGGGGGCAUGGGUUUUAAGCGUUUGCAUGAGUUUAAUGUUGCUCUGUUGGCCAAGCAGGGGUGGCGACUAUUAACAAAUCCGGAGUCCCUUGUGACUCGUGUGUUCAAAGCCAGGUAUUAUCCUACUUCCUCGUUUUAUGAAGCCACGAUUGGUCGUAACCCGAGUUAUGCUUGGAGAAGUAUUUACGCAGGUCAGGCGUUGCUCAGAUCUGGUUGCAGGCGGAGGAUAGGCAAUGGAAGGGCCACUGGGGUUUUGAAUCAUCCUUGGCUGCCUGAUGCUGUUGAUCCCUAUGUAGUCUCGACUCACCCAAACCUGGGCCAGGAGCUUCUGGUUUCAGACUUAUUUGAUAGUGCCACCAAUGGGUGGAAUGAUGAUUUGUUACAUGAGUUGUUUGCCCCACGUGAUAUUUUGUUGAUUAAGCAGCUCCCUGUUAAUGUGGAAUGUGAUGAUGUUUGGUUUUGGGACAGGGAUCUAAGGGGUUGCUACUCGGUUAGGGAUGGAUACAGAAGGUUGGGUGAGAUAUAUGGCCCGUGUUUGCCUGUGUGGCGUUAUUUAUGGAGUUUACAGGUCCCCCCUAGAUGGAGAAUUUUCUUAUGGAGAGCUCUGCCUGACAUCUUGCCUACUCUCGAUAACUUGAUAAAUAGGAGGGUGGAUUUGGUUAAUAUUUGCCCAGCUUGUGGCUUUGAGGAGGAAAAUAUUAUGCAUGUUUUAUGUUCUUGUCCUUAUGCUACACAAGUGUGGAAUUUAUCUCAUCUGCUAAUUCCUUCCUUUGGUGGCAGGAAUUUUAGGCAGUGGACAGAACAAUGGCUUGGCAAUAUGGCCACUUAUAGCUCAGAGGCACAAGGGAGGAUAUGUGGUUUGUUAUAUGAUGUUUUGUCAGCCAGGAAUGAGGCGGUUUGGGAUGGCUGUCUGCCGUUGCCUAUGGUGGUGGUCAGGAGGUUCACGGCAAAGUGGGCUUCUUGGACAGCAGCUGAACAGCAACGCAUCACCUCACGUGUGCUGUGUGUGGCCCCGGAUCCGGCUCCUGUAGUUGAUGAUGGCGUGUUAUGUCGUGUGGAUGCGGGCUUCCAUGGUCCGAAUCAUGUGCCGGCUUAUGGAUUCGUAGUGCAGGAGAAGGAUGGAAUCUUUGUGGCGGCAGGGAAUGGACCUCUUAAUUGCCCUUAUGACCCCCUCUUGGCGGAAGCAAUGGUUUUGUGUGAGGCACUAUCUUGGCUGAGGAAUAAUGGCUACUCAAGGGUUUCAGUUUACAAUGACAGUCUUGUCUUGGUUUCCAGUCUAAAGCAUGCUAGUUCGUUCCGGACUUAUUUUGGUUUUGUUUUGCAAGCUUGUAAUCGUUUAUUAGAUCAAAUGUCUAGAUCAGCAGUAAUUCAUGUGCGCAGGGAUGCUAUAUAG